AUGGAGUCGGCUAAAGCCAUAGAGAAGAGCUCUCUUCUCGAGCUGCUUUCAGCGCCACGGGACGAUACGCGCGGUCAGCAGGGACAGCGACGAGGAUGGCGGUACUAUGUUGGAUGGUCUGCGAUGAUCCUUUUUGCAUUGUUAACAGGGUUCCAUGCAUUUCGCUGGGUCACAGCGCCUGGCGCCGUCUACAGCAGUCAUAUGCCGCGGCAAAUCGAUGAUGAGCUUGUGGCUAAAAGGCUAGCGGCUUCACAGCGAGCACAGCCUCUCCUGCUGCAUCACCAGUAUGAUGGGCAAAAGCAAGUGAGGCUUGGAGGCAAAGCUCAGGCCUAUAGCACGUCUGACAGUGCCAAAGAUGGCCAGUAUCUCAUUGGAGUUGGAAAGGCCGACAUCACGGGACCCGUUGUUGAAAUCAACAUGAUGGGCUACGCCAACUUUGAACAGGUCGGCAGCGGUGUCCGCCAACGCCUCUACUCUCGGGCUUUUAUCGUUGGUGACCUUCACAAUCCGGAAGACAGAUUCAUCUAUCUCGUUCUGGACACGCAGGCGGGCGACACUGCCGUCCGGUAUGGUAUCCUCCGAGGCCUUCAGGAGCUCGGGUCUGAUUACGCCAUGUAUGGACACGACAACCUGGCCGUCACUGCGACUCACUCUCACUCUGGACCCGGCGCCUGGCUCAACUAUCUUCUACCCCAGAUCACUAGCUUGGGGUUCGACAAGCAGAGCUAUCAAGCUAUUGUCGAUGGUUGCUUAUUAUCGAUCCGCCGUGCACAUGAGAGCUUGGAGCCAGGUAGCUUAACCGCAGGCACCACCAAGGUCUUUGGCGCCAAUAUCAAUAGAAGUCUCUACGCAUAUCUUGCUAAUCCAGCAGUGGAAAGGGCCAAGUACAACGUCAGCGCGGAAGACGAUGGGUCUGUGGAGAAGGACUUGACUCUGCUUAAAUUUAGAAGGGCAUCCGAUGGCAAAAACAUUGGCGUGCUUACUUGGUUCCCCACCCAUGGCACUUCCAUGUUGGCUAACAACACCUUAAUCACGGGAGACAACAAAGGCGUGGCCGCUUACCUCUUUGAGAAAAAAGUGCGUGAAAGAGAAGAUGAGACGGACGACUUUGUUGCCGGCUUUUCUCAGGCGAACAUGGGCGAUGCUAGCCCCAAUACGCUUGGUGAGUGGUGUGACGAUGGCUCUGGCGAGAGGUGCGACUGGAUAUCAAGCUCUUGCAAGAGCACCGGAAGAAGCAGAAAAUGCCAUGCAAGAGGCCCCUUCUUUAGAGAACAGGAUGAAGGAGCUGCAUCCUGUUUUGAGAUUGGCAAGAAGCAGUACGAAGCCGCCCUCGACCUGUACCUUUCGAUGGACACCAUGCCUGCAAACGUAAAGGGGUCAGGCGUCAAGGCAUUUCACCGCUUCCAUGACAUGUCCGAUUUUCAAUUCCAGCUGCCCAAUGGCUCAACGGCUCGCACAUGUUCAGCGGCGCUGGGCUACUCUUUCGCAGCCGGCACCUGGGAUGAACCAGGGCACUACGAGAUCACACAGCAUGGCUCCAAUGAUUCAAACACAAAUCCUGCUUGGAGAUGGAUACGAUGGGUUAUUGGAGCUCCCAGCCAGGAGCAGAUCCAAUGCCAUUCCCCAAAGCCUAUCCUCCUGAACGUUGGCAAGACUCGAUUUCCGUACCACUGGACACCGGAUAUUGUAGACCUGCAAACUUUCCGAGUCGGCCAGUUUAUUAUCAUUGUUAGCCCCGGAGAAGCAACGACAAUGGCUGGCCGUCGAUGGAAAGAAGCGGUUGCUGAGAGCAGCAAAAUUCAGUUGGCAGACGAAAUGGGUGGCAAUGAGCCCAUUGUGGUUUUUGGAGGACCCAGCAACACGUACACUCACUAUAUCACAACAGAACAGGAAUAUGGUCGCCAACGCUACGAGGGGGCCUCAACUUUGUAUGGGCCACAUACCCUUGCGGCUUACAUAGAUCGAACCAAGGCUCUGCUUCCUCUUUUGAGGGACGAUGCUCCCGGUAGAGAUUCUAAUUCCAGUGAUACUGGACCCCUGCCCCCAGACAAUAGCGAUAAAUCCAUUGGUCUGAACACGGGUGUCCUGUUUGAUACAACUCCACAGUCUCAUUCAUUUGGAGAUUUGAUUUUCAACGUUGGCAAGAACCAGUUUAGACGCGGAGAAAAGGUUAAGGCGACGUUUGUUGGAGCCAAUCCGCGAAAUAACUUGCGACUAGAAGAGACGUAUGCCGCCGUUGAGCAUCGUCGUCAUGGUGAAUCAGAGUGGGAAAUCGUACGCGAUGACUCGGACUGGGCACUGGUCUACCAAUGGAAGAGAACCAGUCUAUUCAAGGGCACCAGCGAAGCGACUGUUGUAUGGGACAUUGAGGAUUGGACGAAGCCAGGAGAAUACAGGCUUCGCUACUUUGGCGAUGCCAGGUCCAUUGAUGGUGAGAUUACGGCGUUUGAAGGUAAAAGCGCGGCGUUUAUGGUCAGGUAA